UGUCAGUUACUGUCAUGUGCUUCUUGCUUUCCGGAGUCUGCUUUUUCUGCUUGAGGCUUUUGCGAUUGUCGUAAUUUCGAAGUAUUUUACCUGCUUUUGCUUAUAUUUCAGUUUUCGUAUUCAUUUCAGCCGGUGUUAUGGAUGAUUUUGAAAUGUUCAAUGCCCCGCAGAACGUCACUGGGAACGGAGUCAGUCCGGAGGAGGACCCGGCUGCUGCUUUUCUAGCACAGCAAGAAAGUGAAAUCGCCGGCAUUGAGAAUGACGAGGGAUUCAGCAUCCUGGACAGCGGGGAGCCUGGUCUGCAAAGCUAUGGAGAGGAUCCUGGGGACCCAGAUGCAAACUCAAAAAAGCAAGAAGUUGAAUGGAAGGAAAAGGCUAAGAAGGAACUAGAUGAGUGGUAUUCACGACAAAAUGAACAGCUUGAAAAAAUUAAGGCAAACAACAGAGUGGCAGAUGAAGCUUUCUACAAACAACCCUUCGCUGAUGUGAUUGGUUAUGUCACAAACAUAACUCAUCCUUGCUACCGCCUAGAACAGGCAGCUGAAGAAGCAUUUAUAAGUGAUGCAGAAGAAAGUCUUCCAGGAUCCGAAUGGGAACGGGUAGCAAGACUUUGCGACUUCAAUCCCAAAUCCAGCAAGCAGGCAAAAGAUGUGUCCCGUAUGCGCUCAGUUCUAAUUUCACUGAAGCAGGCCCCAUUGGUUCGCUAAACACAGAAAACACUAGUGCUGCAAUAUUCUACCACCCCCCCCCCUCCAAAAACAAAGACGUUGGAAUUAAAAAUUUUGUUUGAGUGUUUUAUUUUGGACCAAAUAUUGUGCAUAUCUUGUUGAUCAGUGUUUGUGACGGUGUUUGUGCAGUUUCCUCACUUCACAUGAAACUUCUCUGGUAAAAAAUUACUGCAUGAAAUAUUCUAAGUUUUACCCCAGAGCUGUAGCUGUUUAUCUUUGAGUGUAUUAUAGACUUUUUGUUGGUUUUGGUCUGUGCAUACAUUCCAGAUACAGUACUGUUUAAGUCAGUCAUGUAUUGUAAAUAUAUUUGGUGUGUUAACAGCUGGUAUAAAAUAGCAAAGAACUACAGAUCAGAAGGCAGUGCAUUAAUUUUCUUACAUACCUUUGUAGUAACCAAUCCGCAUAAUAUACCUGUUUCUUUCAUCCAUAUGAAACAUUUUAAUGACUUAUUUCUCAUAUUAGUUUAAUGGAAGUACAUUUUUGCUCACAAAUGAGAGCCCACAUUAAAGUUUCCAUGAAGGAUAAAAAGAAUAUUCUGAUAACGGAAAUCACCCAUUAUGUAGCCAAGCCCAGUUUCCGAUGCACAGUAAUUUGGUGUUGAACUAAUUUUUGAUGUGCUAUUUGGUUCCUUAUUUCAUUUACUUAUAUUUUCCAGUUUAUGCAAUUUGUGUAGUAUGGAACCUUAUUGUGUAUGGGAAUACGGUUCGAUUAUUACAUAAUCCAUUUUUAAGUGAGCUGUUGCAUACAUGACAUAACUGUUAUAGUUGAAUUUCUCAAAUAGGUUUUAAGAUGGUAUACAAAGCUAUUUAUAAUAAAACUUUUUCUGCAUCUUGUAUAUUCACUUCGUAAAUCGUAGUACUAGUACAUGACUCUAAACUCGAACUUAACUUUUCUCAUGAUCUUGCAGCACAGAUGAAACACUGCAGAAGGCUUACAUGUAGAGUUAGUCAUGUAGCAGAUUUAAGAGGACUUUCAUUUAAUUUGAAAGUUAAUGCAUUUAAUAUUGUGGUCUGGGUUGUGGCUAUAGAGCGUCUGAAAAAGGAUAGUUUCAUUUACCUGGUUAAACAAACAGACAAAAUGUGAAGUAGGGUGUUUCCUAUAGGCAUAACAUGCAAGUACCUUAAAUCUUAAAAUUCAAAAAAAUAUGUUGUAUAAUGAAGAACUGUUUUUUGCAUUUAGACUACGUUUCUAACGUGAAGUCUUCUAGAGAAGGAAAACACUGACAUUUGCUAUAUGGAGACAUUGUCCAGUUGUACACAGUGCUGUUGCAAGGAAAUGUUAAAUUGGAAUGCAUUUCAACCAAAAAGAAAAAAAUAUUCUAGCAUUGGUGUUGACAUCUGCUCCCCCAAUGUUGGACUGCAUCUUACAAACCUUAAACUGGACAUAAUAAAUCCAGGGUCACACUGGCAGAGUAAAAGGGAUAGUCAGUUUAGCUGGAGAGCUGUUGGUUUUAUUUUUAAGGUUGUGUAACUUCAGCUACGUUUAGUUGGAAGGAUAUGGGAGGUACCAUGUAUAUAGUGACAGUAUUCUGCAGAUUGUGCAUUUUAUGCGUUUCAAAGUUGCUUUGAACUUUCAGUUUUUGUGUGUUUAGAUUCACCAUGAUGUCAACAGCCCUCUUGUAAAAGGUAAUAGCUAAUCGGGUGUCAUCUACCCUGCACUGCUGUUUACAUUUGAAGUGGUAAAAAGCAGUUUCUGACAUAUAUUAUGCGGAACCCCAAAUCAGGUGCUCAUCUGCUGGAAGAGGAGACAUUUCUGUACAUUUUCCCACUAGAAUUAAACUAUGCAAGUACAGUUUGCAGAUGCACAAGCCUUCCACACUUGCUGCUCUGAAACUGCAAAUCUGUAAGAAACUGUAAAAUGUUGUUUUGGAUGGUGGUGGUGAUCUUGCAAAGUGGUAUUUAAGAAAGUUGAGAGAGCACACCAUCAAUAAAUGUAACAGCCUGUAAAAAUCAAUGUUGGCAUUGAAGUAUUGUAUUUUCAUUGUAGCAGUGGUCUGCAGAUUGUUACAAUAGCAAGUGUCUGAAUGAAAAAAAAAAUGAUACUGUAGUUUUUACCUGACGUCAUGCAUACUUUGCUAUGCUUGUAUAGAAAAUAUAAUUUGUUCACCUUCUGUUAUGCUGUUUGACAAUCUUGGUGUUUUGUUUCUAGUGUUGCAUUGUAAUACUUGAUUUUCCAGAUGUACUGCAAUGUUUGUGUCAUGUUUUAUUGGCGAUCAAAGUAUCUAAAUUUGCAGAGUACUCUGCAGGGAAAGCUACAUAUGGGUGGUGGUUAUUAAAGACCAUGUAAAACAGAGAUAUGUCUGGAACAAAUAAAUAUAAUAAGAUUUUUAAUGCAA